UGUGCCAUUCCAGAGGAGAAAGAGAAGGUCGACAGAAAGAAGAGGCGAUACACGUUCAGCUUGCUGGAGUCUGGACAGCUAGUGUGGGCCAAGAUGGCUGGAUUUUGCCCGUGGCCGGCAGUAGUGAGUCCAGACCCAUGGAGUGAUGGGCAGAGUGUGGUCGAAGAGAGAGAGGGUCGAAUCUACCACGUGGAGUUCCUCGGGAAAGACCACACCCACAACUGGAUUGUAGAGGACAAGGCUAGUAAUAGUAGCUGGUGCAUGGGGAGGAAAGAGAGGGGUAAUGAU